AUGGGUCUCUGUCGUCUGAGUUCGAUCCUCGAGAAACUAACACUCAAUCCUCCUAAUAUCAAUCUAUCUAUCUAUUUAUCUAUCUGUCUGUCUAUCUAUCUAUCUAUAUAUUUAGUAAUAUCUAAGGUAAUAUCUAUCGAUCGAUUAAUCUAUCUAUCUAUCUUCUAUCUAUCUGACUGUCUGUCUGUCAAUCUAUCUAUAGAAGGUAAUAUAAUAUAUCUAUCUAACGAAGGUAAUAUCUAUCUCUCUAAAAUAAUAUCUAUAUAUCUAUGGAAUAUCUAUGUAUCUAAGUAUGGUAAUAUCUAUUUAUCUCUCUGUCUAAGUAAGAUAAUGUCGAUAUAUCUAUCUAUCUGUCCUAAUAUCUAUAAAAUUAAGGUAAUAUCUGAUAAAGUCACAUCUAUCUAUCUGUCUAUCCAUCUAUCUAUCCAUCUAUGUAUCUAUCUCUCUGCUGAAGUCUUAUCUAUCUAUUUGUCUAUCUAUCUAUCUAUCUAUCUAUCUAUCUAUCUAUCUAUCUAA